UCCAUUCUGUAAUUAUCAGCAACGCCGUUCCAAAACAUUUCCACUGAAAUCUCCACAAAAUGCAGGGAAAGAAGGCGGAGGAGGGAACCAAAAAUGCAAAGAAGGUCAAUCUUUUCGAUCACAAUUCCCUCAAACACAUGCUCGACGAAUCGGUCUCGGAGAUUGUUACGAGCCGUGGAUAUGUGGAAGAUGCGAGGAUGAGCAAUGUCAGAUUAUUCAUUGGAACGGUUAUAAUUGUAAUCGCUCUAUUUGCUGAAUUUUACAAAAAGAAGUUUCCUGGAAACCGUGAUUUCCUCAUCGGUUGCAUUGUAUUGUAUAUAGUUUUCAAUGUAAUACUUCAGCUGAUCAGCUACACAAACGAAAAAAAUGCAAUUAUAUCGACUUAUCCUCCCGCUGGAUCUGUCACCAGCACCGGAUUGGUGGUCUCUUCGAAGUUACCGAGAUUCUCUGAUCUUUAUACGCUUAAUAUAAAGAGUGGAGAUCCCAGGUCAAUAUCUGCAGGCAAACCAGUAGAGUUUUCUAAAAGUGUUACCCAGUGGUUCACCAAGGAUGGAGUACUGGUGGAGGGCCUAUUCUGGAAAGAUGUUGAAGCACUAAUUGAUGAUUAUCUAGGAGAACCGAAGAAAAAGAAGUGAUCGAAGCAGAAUGGUUUACGUUGCUAGGCCACUUCGUUAAAACUGUGAAUUCUGGCACUGUUGUGGGUUUGAUAUAGAUUUUCAUUAUAAUUAUUGUUCUUUUCAAUAUUUUGGUAACUUUGCCUGAAAGA